UGCAUUGAACAACAUACACGGCAACUACAAAAAAAUGGGGAAGUCAGGAUGUUUACCGCCCGGCAGCUGUCGGUGGAUCGUACAGUUCAAGAAGUCAAUGAAUGCCAGGAUGGCGAAAUUCCGGAAUGACUUUCGGAAGAAGUUUUUUCGCGACAACAAGCAUCUGGGAACCCUGAGUGCCGACAAACUCCUCAACGAGACGGGAACCAGUGAUAUGGAAAUCACGAAAACGACGUCCAAGCCUUCAGCGAACAGUACUGUCUCUCAAAAGAAGGAAUCCAAGGCCCUUAACCUUAUCAAGGAGUCCACAGAAAACUUGACGAAGAGACACAAUGUCGACACUACCGGCGGACACGUUAUCAAGGAUACCAAUACCACCAAAGAACAUGUUGUCAUUGAUACCGACAGCAAAAACGAAGACGUUAUCAUUGAUACCGACACCACCAAUGAACAUUUUGUCAUUGAUACCGACACCACCAACGAACACGUUGUCAUUAAUACCGACACCGACAACGAACACGUUGUGAUUGCUACCGACACCACCAACGAACAAGUUGUCAUUGAUACCGACACCACGAACGAAUGCGUUGCCAUGGAUACCGAAACCACCAAUGAACACGUUGCCAUUGAUACCGACACCUCCAAAGUGCACGUUGUCAUUGAUACCGACAUCAACAACGAAGAUGUAAUCCUUUAUACCGACACGACCAACGGACACGUUGUUAUUGAUACCGACACCAACGAACACGUUGUCAACGAUACCGACAUCAUCAACGAACACGUGGUCAUUGAUACCGACACGACCAACGGACACGUUGUCAUUGAUACCGACACCACCAACGAAAACGUUGUUAUUGAUGCCGACAUCACCAAAGAAAACGUUGUCAUUGAAACCGACACGUCCAACGAACACGUUGUCAUUGAUACCGACACCACCAACGAAUACGUGAUCAUUGAUACCGACACGACCAACGGACACGUUGUCAUUGAUACCGACACCACCAACGAACACGUUGUGAUUGCUACCGACACCACCAACGAAAACGUUGUCAUUGAAACCGACACGACCAACGAACACGUUGUCAUUUAUACCGACACCACCACCGAAAACGUUGUCAUUGAUGCCGAAACCACCAACGAAAACGUUGUCAUUGAAACCGACACGUCGAAUGAACACGUUGUCAUUGAUACCGACACCACCAACGAACACGUUGUGAUUGCUACCGACAGCACCAACGAAAACGUUGUCAUUGAAACCGACACGACCAACGAACACGUUGUCAUUGAUACCGACACCACCAAUGAAAACGUUGUCAUUGAUACCGACACCACCAACGAAAACGUUGUCAUUGAAACCGACACGUCCAACGAACACGUUGUCAUUGAUACCGACACCACCAACGAAUACGUGGUCAUUGAUACCGACACGACCAACGGACACGUUGUCAUUGAUACCGACACCACCAACGAACACGUUGUGAUUGCUACCGACACCACCAACGAAAACGUUGUCAUUGAAACCGACACGACCAACGAACACGUUGUCAUUUAUAUCGACACCACCAACGGUCACGUGGUCAUUGAUACCGACAACACCAACGAAUACAACGCCAUCACCGUCUUUGAGGCGUCUACCGAGAUCGUCCUGAAGGAACACGACGGCAAUGUCGAAACCACCGUCGAACACGUUGUCAAGGACACAGGCAGCGUUCCCGUAUCGUCCAGCGUUUUAAGCGCGCUCGCCGAUGGCGCAGUGAAGUCAAGUCUGUACGAGAUUGACGACGUCAACAAAUCCGCUGUGGUCCCCCGGUCCGCCGGAAAGGCUCGCAAAACACGAAAGACUCUGAACUUCUUCCUAAGGAUGUUUGGGCUGCAAGGUUGGAGCUGUUUCUGCGACGUUGUCAUGUAGAGGAAACUUAAGCCAUAGUCUCAUAUAAGCACGGAUGCUAAGGUGGACUGGUGCAUUUUUGAGCGUCGACUGUAUUCCAAAGACCAUCAACCGGAGAAAUAACUUUUUAUAACUUGUAGGUUUAUUUUACAUGAUUCCAUUUCUGCAAUUUUCACUUUAUCAUUAUCCCUCAGCACAUAAUAUUGAACACAUUAUUAUCUAUGAUAUUCGCGUCUUAAAUUUCAUCAAAUAUUAGUCCACAUGACAUUGUUAAUACUUAUAACUAAUCUUCAUGAAAAUGACAUGUCCAUAGAAUAUAUCUUUCAAUGACAAUGUUCAUGUCAUGUCGUCUGCCAGGACAUAGAUCCGGCUUCAGAGCUGAUGUAGGCCGGACGAUAUUAGCGUUGGUGCUUUGCUUCCAUUGUGAUUGCGCUCGAAUAAAGCUUCGACGCCCUAUCCAUGAGCGGGUUGUCGUUUCGCCAUUGUCCUGGUUUGGUGUUGUGAUAAUUGUCCACCUGGUCAGUUUGAUGCUCAUUCUCAGUUCCAUAGCGCAGUCUCAAAAGAUUCGGGACGCAAAUGGAAGGCAGCACAAUUUACGUCAUCGCCUCUGGAGAAUGCAGAAGUGUGUGUAGACAUCGAAAGCGAUUAACAUGAAUCCCAAACACGUUUUCAACAAUCCGUCGCCCCUUUGGAAAGUCGGUAGUUGAAAACUAUUUGGGAAUGUGCCAUGUUUUUGUUAGAAAAAGGUUUAACGGACCACUUCUUCCAGGCAAAUGCGCCAUUCGCAGCCAUGUAGAACGCAUUGAUGUGUCGUCGAUGGCAAAUUUUUCAAGAUUAGAUAGGCACACCGAUCCCUUGUCGAUAGUUUGCAUCAGGUCACUGUCGUUGAGCGCUUUAGCACCACUGACUGAUUGAUUACUGCCUACUUCCACUUAAAUGAACUUGUAGUCGGCGUCACCCAACGCCAUAUAGUUGAAUGGAAUGGUAACCUUUGUAGUUGUAGUGCAAGAGGCGUGAUGGUUCCAUGAACUACAACAGCAAUGGCAAACAUUACAUUACCCUGAUAGCCUUGACCGACGCCGACUACAAGUUCAUUUGGUUGGAAGAGGGCAACAGCAAAUCAGCCGUGGUGCUAAAAUGUUCAACAACAGCGAGCUGAAGAAAACCAUAGACAAGGGAGUGUUAUGCUUUCCUGAUCCUGAAAAUUUGCCGAAAGACGACUCAUCAAUCCGUUUCUACAUGUCUGCGGUAGACGCAUUCGCAUGGAAGAAUGGGCCCGUAAAACAUUUAACUUUGAAAUACAUGUCACAUUCCGAGAGAGUCUUCAACUAUCGGCUGUUCAAUGGGGCGACGGAUUGUGGAAAUUGUGUUUGGGAUUCUUGGCCAUCGCUUUCGAUGUCUACACACACUUCUGCAGUCUCCAGAUGAGGUGACAUCUAUGGUACUGUCUUGCAUCUGCGUACCGAAUCUCUUGAGACUGUGCGAUGGAAAUAAGAAUGUGAGUGUAGCUGACCAGGAUGACAACAAUACCAACAUCAUACCAGGACAAUGACGAAACGUUAACCCGCUUAAAGAUUGGGUGUCGACGCUUUCUAUGAAAUCAACCACAGUGGAAGCAAAGAACCAAUGUGAAUAUCUUCGAGUCCACUUCAGCUCAGAAGCCGGAUCUGUGUCAUGUCAGGACGACAUGAUGUGAACAUUGUAAUUGUACGAAAUACUCUAUAGAUUUGUCAUUUUCAUGUAGUUUGGUUAUAAUUACGAACACUUUUUUGUGGACUUAUAUGCAAUGAAAUUAUUGAAUAUACUCAAUUUUAUAUCCAGUUGGGAUAAAGAUAUUUAGUUUCAUAGUAAAAAACACUCGUUUAUUCUAAUAUUUCGCCCAAAUGGGCUUUAUCAAAGUUUGCAAAUACGAAUUUUCUACAUAAUUGUAACUGUCAUGUACAUCAAUAAAGUAAAUCAGGGACGAUUUAGAACUGCCGUAGCUAUCUGUGCUUAUAUGGGACUUGGGUUUAAUAUAUCUAGAAAAAAUGUUUGUAUAAAUUAGAAAUAAAUGUUUUUGAUUU